CCCUCAUUCUCCGACUCUCCAUUCCCCUUCCCCGCCGCCGCCGCCCCCACCCGCUCCGUAAUAUCCAACUCCAUAUCGCUGGCCACCGACGCCGGCCGGGCGAGGAUCCGGCUCCGCGCUCCCGACCCGUGACUGCGCCACCUCCGAGGCCUCAUGGAGAUCGUGCCCUCCCGCCGGCAGCUCGACGCCGCAGCCGCCGCCGGCAGCGGCGGCACUGGUGCCCUGCCGACCUACCGGGCGGCGCCACAGCUGGAGGUGCGGCUGGAGGAGUUCGAGCUCUUCGCCAUCGACCGCCUCCGUGUUCUCAAGGGGAUCUCGGAUGGGCUCUCGCGGGGGAAGAGGCCGGAGGAGAUGGAGAAGCUGGUCAGUGAGUUGUGGAAGACACACAUGAGGCACCAGGAUCCAGCAGAAACUUUGAACAAGGAUAUAAUAUCUCACUUUGUGCUCCGCCUAGUCUACUGCAGAACGGAAGAAUUGCGAAAGUGGUUUCUCUCCAUGGAGACUACACUUUUUCGGUACCGCUUUCGGCUUGAGACUUCUGAAUCACAGAAGAAGCUAAUGACUGAUUUUCAACUUCCUUACAAAGCAUUGCCACGCUCAGAAUUCGAGGUUGUGAAAGACAAGUUGAGCCAAGUUGCACGUUCCAUUGGUCAAUCUGCAAAUGUUGAGUCUGUGUUCUUCAAGGUACCUUUUGAAGAAGUUCCUGAUCUUGUUAGCAGCCGCCGAGUAUUUCUUUCAAAAGGCUAUGCUUAUGUGGCGAUGAGCCAGGUGGUUUCCCUUGUGGUUACUCAAUUCCGCUGCAAUAUCUCGAAGGCACUUGUUUUGACAAACAGAAAAUGGAUGGCAACUAUUAAGGAACAAGAAAAGGACAGGUUGACGCCUAUUGUUGAAGCGUUAAGCAAUGCGUAUUUUGGACCUGAUUACUCUCAGCCAAAGGAUGCUGUCGAAAUAUCUCUAAAGGAUAUUGACCAACUGGCUAAAAGUUCUUUCCCUCUUUGUAUGCGGCAUAUGCUAGAUAAGUUGAGAGAAAACCAUCAUCUGAAGCAUGGGGGUAGAAUGCAGUUUGGUCUUUUUCUUAAGGGUGCUGGACUAAAGUUGGAGGAUGCCCUUGCAUUCUGGAGAGCGGAAUUUUCUCAGAAGGUUGGCUCUGAGCGGUUUGACAAGGAAUAUGCCUAUAGCAUCAGACAUAAUUAUGGAAAAGAAGGAAAACGAACAGAUUACACUCCAUAUUCAUGUCAAAAGAUCAUUUCUGCAACACCUGGUGUUGGAGAUCACCAUGGAUGCCCUUACCGACAUUUUGGCGAAGAAAAUUUGCGGGCAGCACUCAACAAAAUGGGUGUUAGUGGGCAUGCCUUGGAAGAGAUAAUGGAUAAAGUGAAGAACAGGCAUUACCAGCUAGCUUGCACAUUGACCUUUGAGGCAACACAUGGUGUCUCCUGCGAUUCUGGAAUCAACCAUCCAAAUCAGUAUUUCAGUGAAAGCCAGAGAGUUUUGCGAGCCAAAAACCAAACAGUGGAGAGCAAGUCAGCAACAUAAAUUGUAUUGUAGCUGCAGAAAGCAUCCAUCAACAAAAGGUUACCAGCAGGUCAGCGUCUAAUAAAAGAUUCAUGCUUGAUGCAAUUAUGUGAUGGUUACUGGUUGUUGAUCUUUGAUGCUUAGCUGGAAUCCUGUUGCUAGCUACCUGGUGUUUCCAAGCUCCAGUUGGUGGCUGUCAUACUAGACAAGCCAUGGUGCCACACUGUAUACUAGAAGGGUUAUCUAGUGCUGUGAACAGAAGCAGGUUAAGGCAUACUUACGUGCAGUCGUGUAAAUCUCGAGCGAAUCGAGAAACAUUGUAGCACAGUUUGUGCUGUGAUGUUAUGUUAUUGCCAAAGCUUCUUUGAGUAGAAGAGAAUUGCUUACUCUGAUUUUGUCAAUGUAUCAUGUGUGUAGUUACCCGAGCUGAAGUGUUUGUCAUGUAGUUUACCUAUCGUUGUUAUCUUAAGUAGGUCGUCAAAGUAUAGUUGGACAUGUAACAAAUUACUAGGAACUCUUUUCCGUAGCUCUUGUACGAGCUUACUCAUUUUGCCUUUCCUUGUUUUGGAGGCAAAGGUACAACUUUGACAUUUAUAAUUUACUCGUUUUUUCCAGUUUGUAGAAAGUAAUUUAUAAGCGAUUUAUGUACAAGUAACUUAGUGAGUCUGUUUUGAGUUCAUGUAAAAUUUGAUAUUUCAAAUUGCUGGUGUCAUCUUUGCUGCAGUAUGUUAGUAAAA